UGUAUAUUCUAAGAGAGAGACAGACGGAGAGAGGAAGGAAACCCUCACAGUGCAGACAAAAGCGGGUUUCUCGCUGGACUUUGUUUACCUCAUCUGCUGCCGUUUCCACUCGAACGAGGCGGAUUAUUCAACCACUCAGCGGGGGAAACUUCAGAGCAAACUCUGGGAAUUAUUUCAUUGUCAUUAUUUGAAACUUUUGUUUUUCCUGAAGUGUGUGUUUUUUCCUCACUUUGGACCUUUGGAUUCUAUUUUUGGACUUGCGGUAUUAUAAUCAAGACAUUUCUUAUUACCAACUUGUCACCGUUUUAUUUUCUGAGGCGUCGGUGAUGGCCCACCACUGACAUGCACCGUCCGUCCAGACCACCGAACCGGUUGGAUGGCUCGCCCACAGUAACGGAAUCACACGGGACCAGAGGAGAUCCACCACAAACCUCCCGUUCAGACAACAGCGGGGGGCGAAACUUUGGCCGCACCGAUUCCACGGGAGGAGGAGAGCCGGACUCACCGUCCCGGUGCAGAUUCAAACCAGUCUCCCCUGUGGACAGCCUCGGCGUGUUCCAGAAGAGAUCUAUAUUUCACCUUCCUCGCCGCGCCUCGAGUGGAUACUUCUCCUACGACGGAGACUCGCUGCCGAGCUCUCCGCUCUCCCCGAGGCCGCUGACGGCUGACAAAGCCACGCAGACUCCCAGCCCCAGUGGCCAGGUGAUGCAACACGCUCUGCAGCGCAUGACUGAGGCGCACGGAGGAGGACCGGGGACGCAGCAGCAGUACGGGCACUCUCCCAGCCUCACUAGCCGGCGACAACGGACUGCAGCAGGGGACAUGCAGGCGGAGGCUAUUGGACGAGAUCUCCAACGCAUUGGCGACGACUAUAAUAGACUACUGCUAUGGAGAAUGGCAGGUAGACAUGGUCGGCCUGAGGUCCAUCCAAACCCGCAGCCGCACAUCCAACCGGAGCCCACCAUGCUGCUGUGUACGGGUCUCAUGAUCCUUCUGAUUGGAUGGAUUAUCUACUUGCGAGGCAAUACAAACAGCCAUGACCACUCUCAGGUGUAGCCUUUGGGAAACCCAGCAGACGUAGCAUUUUUCUUUUAUAAUGUAUCUGUAUUCUAUCAAAUCUUGAGCCUCCUUUAUGCUCUUGGGGAACGUUUGUCCCCAAAUUCCUGCCCUUUACAACGGAGGAAGAAGACUUUGGACUAUGUUUUUUAUUCAUUUUCGUUUUUCUAAGUCAACAUCUUUGAGGAGCUAUAAUGCCUGGCUUCUCACCUCUGUUUAUUGGUCACGGCCUCUGAGCCAUUGUAAUUCAACCAAAGAGCUGGAAUUUUGCACUCCGUUCCAGGACUUGUCAGUUAACCCUGUGGAAUUUAAAAGUGCCUUGUACAAUUUCUUGUUUACUCUUUUAGCUUUUUUAAAGAUAGUUGUAUUGUACAGAGAUGGUAAGUUGUUUGCCAGAGGUUGUUAAAAUGUGAGGGUCCAGUCUGACAAAUUCCCUAUCUUUUCCCACUCAAGUUUUCACUUUGGUCAUGUCAGAUCCAGCAUGCAGACUGGGCAAAUGCAUUUUUCAUUUCUUUUUUUGCAUUGUUUCUUAUCAUACAAUGAUCCUGAACGUCUGUGCCGUCUGAUGCUUUGUUACUGUAAAUUUCACGUCUACCUUUGAACUAUUUCUUCAUGAUUAUAAAAUAAUAGGAAAUGUAAGUCUUUGCUUGCAAAAGAAGUGUAAAACAGAAAGUAAAGAAUUUUGGGAGGAGGUAGAAAAACUGGAUCAGGACUGGUCAGCUUAUGCAAUGAUAAAAUUACCUAAAACUUCCCGAAGAAAUGAAUCCUGUUUGAAUAUAACUCAAUACUUGUUAUUUCUGAAUAAUUAGAAAGUUUUGUUUUUUCCUGUGUGUCAUAUUUCAAUACCCUGGUCAAGUUUUACAGACAAUAUCCCUUUAUACAUUGGUAAGGACCUGGUCCGGGUAAUCUCUAGUCUGGUUUAUUAUUCUUUUAAAGGUACUUUAUAAUUACGCAAGAGUCCUGCAACCAAAAAAUGAGAAACAUUUUCAACUAGUCUUUUAAAGACUAGACAGAAAGGUCUAGUCUUUGAAAAUGGAAAUUUAUUGUAUUUCAUGACAACUGUACAAGUUAUUGAACAAUGAUGGUAAAUUCUCGACAAUGGGACCUGUUUAUGUGAAAACUGAACAUGCCUGGACACAUUUUAUCCGUUGCGCUGCAUUUAGCAUUGAUUUUGAGGAUAUUGAAACUUUUUAGAGGGAGGAUUCCGAUCUUAGUUUUUACUAGAAAUCUUGCAUGUUUCUGUAACCACUGGAGCCAGAAUUGAUAGUGUCAGCAAGUGACUUCCUCCCUACUUACUUCAGUCUGAAUUACCUCCUAAUUCCUCUCUUUUCCAGACAUCUUCUCUGGACUUGGAUUUGUAAACUUAUGAUUAGACACAAGAGCAUGCUACCUAACUUUUCAAUACAAUACAUUUUCAAUUAUUGUCAGUAAGCAAACAUAUCAGUGGAGUGGAACUCAAAAGCACCAGAUGAUGAACAAAUAGUGAUGUCAUGUUAGCCCUUUAUACCAUCAUAAGUGUUUAAAAACUUUUACUCAAUGCUGUUUCAAUCCCAAACAUUUUUCAACAAUCACUUAUGUCCAGCCUAUGUUGAGACUCUGGAUUACCUUCAAGCAGUUAGACUGCAGUUUGCAAACAUAAAUUUGUUGACAAGGUCAUGUUAUCCAUUUAUUAGCUCAAAGUGUGAAACUCUGCCAAGUUUCCUCGCGCCCUGCCAGGUCAUUAAACCCUCUCAGAGAGAUUUCUGGAAAACAACCAAGCACUGAAUCAUGCAGAGUCAAAGAGGGUUUUGUCACUGAAUAUUGUGCUAAAAGUAGGACAUUAAACUGUGGUGGUGAAGGUUUUGGAAGACAUUUUUAUUUUUGUUUUUAAACUCUCUAGGCUCAUCGAAACAUAUGUUCUGUUGUCAUGUGAGGAAUCACCACAAGUUUUGAAAUAGCCUGUCUACUGAAUACUAUAACAAAGAAAACAUAGCAAAUGAAAGAUGAUUAAAAGGAAUCAUUACAUAAAAUAAAGAUAAACAGUUGAGUAAAGUUAAAUCUUUUUUGCAAAAAAACCCCAAAUCGAAGUUUUUGAGCCACGAUGGAUGUUUCUUUUGUUGUCUUGACAUGAAUGCAUCGCAGACUGUUAAUUCAGCUUUCAUCAUCUAAAUCUCUGAGAUACAGGCUUUGAUUGUGAUAACAUGGCUGUUAACCCUUGAAGUUUUGUUUUAAAACAUGAAAAAACCUAAAGAGAUUCAUAUGACUAAAAAGCAGUCAGAUCAAAGUCAUGUCUCUAUAAUAGAGACUGUUAGAGACAACAGACUCAGAAAACCACCAAAGUGAGG